UCAAUGUCAAGCUAUCAAAAUUAUCAUCUUAGAACAAUUUAUUUAAACAAAUUAAUUAUAAUUUAUAUAAAUAAUUAAAAAGUGGUAUUUAAAAGUUAAAUAGACGAUUCAGUUUCUCGAUUUCAGUACACACGUGAUGUCUACAUCCAGUAACAUUUCUCAGUCUGCGUAUUCUGCUUCAGAACCUGAAACUCCACAAGGUACACCUCAAAAUAGAAAACUAAAAUUUGAUGAAACUUUAGAACAUGGGGACUUAGGGCAAAGCAUUGAACAGUCUUUAAAAUGUGCACAAAACGAAAUGCACCAAAAGAGAAUUCAAACUAUUAGAAAAGAACUUGACUAUUUAAAAUCUACAGAGUGGAAAUUUGAGUAUGACAAAGGUUUUGCUCAGUAAUUGUAAUAAAUAAUAAUUUCACUAUGACAUCAUAUUUAGCUUCUUGGUAUAAUUACCUUUUCAAAAAAGAUUGUGAGGAAGACAAUGAUGAAUACAAAGAGAACUAUCUGGCAGAACAGCUAGUUGAUUUAGAAUAUGUAAGCGAACAGGAAGCAAAACAAAAUGAUAAAGUUGAUAAUGUUGAUAUACCCAAUGAUACAAUUUGUUUCCAAAGAACAGGUGUGAUAACUUUCAAGAAGGAAAAUUAUGUUUUGAUAGAUGGGAUGUUGUAUUUUGAUACAUCAAACUCCAGCUGCUACUGUGAUGUCAAUGACCAAGUUUUGUACUUGGCUCACAAAGAUGGAAAUGAUUCAAUAGUAGUUGUACGAAUAUUAGAAAAUAGAGGUUCAUUUUGGGGUGAAGAAGGUGACCUGGAGGAGAUUAGUUUUAAAGUGACCGAACAUAUUUUGGUUGCGGAAGUUGCUAGGAGAGAGAAUCGGAAUGUUUAUCUUAAAGAGAGUGAUGUUAAAUUUAAUCUGGAUGAUGUUAAAGGCACUUUUGUACCAAUUAAUGGAGAUUGGUUGGAACUAACAUGUAGUAUCCAAAUGGAUGAAAGCAAGCCGUUUGAUAUAACUAUGAAACAGGUUCUAUCAGUGAUAUCCUUCAAACCUCUAAGGACUAAAUUAAUAAGUGCAUAUAUUACUGAAUGGAGUGGUACAUAUGGCACCUGUAAUAGAUUGAUAUGUUUUGACAAAAAUAGUUUGUUAAAUGGAUAUCAACCUGAAAUAAACUCGAAGGUAAUGGUGGAAGCCAUAGAGAGCAAUCAAAACCUCUGUACAUGGAGGGCCAUUAAAUUAAUAGUACUAGAAGAUGACUAUAAACAUGAUGCCAAAGGAUGUUCUGAUGAUAAUGUUGUAACUUUGCAGUUAGAAAAAGAGAAAAGACUUGAUGUUACAUAUCCUUUGGAAUUUCAGAAUUUAAAUUUUAAUAAUGUAUCCAAAAUACCAAUAAUUGUAGCUAAUAACAGUGAUGAAAUAUACACUUUGAAUAAAUGGAUUAUACUUAGUAAAAAAAGGGAUUCACAAAUUAAAGUGGAGCCAUUUUUAACUUCUCCGAUUAAAAUUUAUCCACAAAAAUCCAUACAAUUCACGAUAAUGUGCAAACCGAAAUUUCUUGGAAAAACGAAAGAAUGUUUAGUUAUGUUAUUCAGGGGUUUUCAAAUAAAACGAUUCAUUGAGAUUAAUGUUGUGGAGGAAAAAGAUUUUUUUAAUGCAAAUGGAAAUACAGUUAUGAAGAAAAAUAAAUAUGAAUAUAAUGAAAAAAUGAGAAAUCUAAGAAAGGAUACUAGAAGCAUACUGCCAGGCGAAAAAACAGUUAAACCACCUGCUUUUGUUUCAGUCAAACUUGGAUCAUUUGCUGUACCAGAAAAAAUAUGGGAUAUUGUGUUAGGUGAUUCGGAGCAAACAAUCCAAAGUGCUGAAUAUAGUAAAAUUCUAGAACGAUUAGAAUUACAUCUACCUUGCUUAUCAAAGCAGUUGGAUGGAGAGAAUUAUAUGGACAGAUGGCACACUUUGAUGUACAUGGAAGAAAUCCAGUUAAAUAUAAACAUGAGAUCCUAUGAUAUACCAAAAGUGUUCCUAAUAAGGUGUCAAGAAUAUCUUUGUGUGGAAAUAAAUGGACUUGCAGAGAAAAGACCAUCUUUGAUUAUUGGUGAUAGAGUUGUAGUAAAAGAUAUGUGGCAAAAUAAUAGUCCUUCAUAUGAAGGUUUUAUUCAUGCAAUUAAAGGUGACUUAGUUCUAAUGAAGUUUCAUCUGCAAUUCCAUGAGAAUUAUAACGGCAGUGAUGUGUCGAUUGAGUUUUACUUCUCUAGAACAAUAUUUAGGCGUGCGCAUCAAUGUAUCAACUACGCUAUCUCGAACUUAGGUCUCGAUGUUUUAUUUCCAUCACAGAUUAAAACAAAGAAACCUCAAGUAUCUAAUGAAACAGUUAAUACAAUAAAGUGGUUUAAUAAAGAUUUAAAUGAAUGUCAGAAACAUGCAGUGACAAAUAUUUUAUUAGGAGAAUGUCGGCCAAUGCCAUAUUGUAUUUUUGGACCACCAGGAACAGGAAAAACAAUAACAGUUGUUGAAACAAUUUUACAAAUACUAAGUAACAUCCCGGAAAGUCGAAUUCUUGUGGCAGCACCAUCCAACAGUGCGGCAAAUUUAAUAGCACAGCGGUUUAUUCAAUAUAGGGACAGUUUUAAAGGCUCUGUUAUAAGAUUGAUUGCCCACAGUUUGUUGGAUUCUGACAACAUACCAGAUGAACUUAAGCCAUUUUGUGCCACACUGGACAUUUCUAGAGAAGAAACAAUCAAAUCGAAACAUUUAGUAAAGAAUGGGAUGAACUUAAAUUGCCAGAAAGGGUUCAUUGGCCGACACCGUAUUACGAUUGGAACAUGCUAUUGUUUAGGUUCCUUAGCACAAUUAGGAUUGCCUAAAGGUCAUUUCACACAUAUUAUUGUGGAUGAGGCCGCACAAGCUACUGAACCAGAAGUAUUGCUUCCAUUGACUUUCAUUGACAAAGAAAGUGGUCAAAUAAUUCUUGCAGGAGAUCCAAUGCAGUUAGGACCUGUAGUAUUAUCAAAAUAUUGUCAAGAAUAUGGAUUGGAUGAAUCAUUCAUGUCUAGAAUAUUGGAGUGUUAUCCAUAUCAAAAGGAUUAUAUUUCAUUUAAACAUGGAUAUGAUAAUCGUCUUGUCACAAAGUUGAUUGAUAAUUAUCGUUCUUUAGAGGAGGUUAUAUCUUUGCCAAGUGAAAUGUUUUAUGAUUCAUCUUUAGUAGCUAAAAUUGACAGAACUCAACAAUGGGUAUUGCAAGCUAUUGAUGCCACCUGUUCAAUAUUUGGUGGAGAUGCUGUCAAAGCCGGUGGUAUAUAUGUACAUGGAGUUAGGGGUCAAAAUCAGAGAGCAGAGGACAGCCCUUCAUGGUACAAUCCUCAAGAGGCUUCUAUGGUAGCAUUAACUACUUGCAAAUUGUUAAAGAAAGGUGUGUCAACUGACGACAUUGGCAUUAUAACGCCAUAUAUAGCACAGAUUAAAUAUUUAAGGCUGUUGUUUGAUUCAAUGGGCAUGGUCAAACCUAAAAUAGGAACUGUUGAGGAGUUCCAGGGCCAAGAGCGCCCUAUUAUACUCAUAUCAACAGUCAGAUCUUCAGACACGUUGGUAGAAACAGAUCAGAAACAUACCUUGGGAUUCGUGAAAAAUCCAAAAAGACUGAAUGUUGCUUUAACCAGAGCUCAAGUGUCCGUUAUUUUGUUUUGUAAUCCUCACCUACUCUGCUUGGACUCAUUGUGGAAGAGAGUAAUCGUGACAGCAAUUAAUGAAGAUAAAUACAUGGGAUGUAAUGUUCCUGAUAGUGUUAUGAAUAAGACAUAAAAGAAAAUAUAGUUAAGUGUAGUAAAU